UUUUUCCUUUCUUUUUUUUCUCUUGAGCUAGCUUUGGUUUGAAGCUCUCUGAUUUUUCUUCCUCCUCUUCUCCCAUGGAGUUUGAUUCCAACUUCAAAGAUGAUCUCCCCCUCCUUUCAAGCUUCUUCUCUGAUAAGACGGACUCGAAGCUGAAGCUCGACAUCGAUGUUGACAGCGGUGGCGGUGAUGAUGGGGGCGAGUUUUUGGGCAUGGAGUUACCCUCAUCAUCCUCCUCCAAGGGUUUGUUCCACAGUUUGCAGGUUCACCAUUAUGAUCAUCAUCAUCAGAACCAUCAAUAUCUUCAUCACUUCCCCAUCAAUGGAUCUGAUUCAAUCAAUCCCCAGCAUCAUAAUUUUUCAAUUGAUGGGUCCUUACAGAGCCUUAUUUCUGGGAUGAAUAUGCCUGCAUCAUCUCAAAGCUGUAAUUUUGAUCCAAAUUUUCAACCCAAUUUUUUGGGAAAUGAAUUCUCCAAAGAUCACACCUUUGAAAAUGGGGCCAAGUUCAUGCAUGGCCUUCUGGGUUCUGGGGCUGUUUGGACAAAUUUUCCCGGAAACUUUUUGCCUCAAAUUUCUCAGCUGCCAAACAGUAAUAAUAAUAAUAGUAUUAUUCAUCAAGCAGCCUUGGGAUCAGCCUCUAUGUUUCUUGAUCAUGAGGCCUCUUGUAUUACAGCAGACAGUUCUGGGUUUAAUGAUCAGAACAAGAAGAAAAAAAGAGUUCUUCAGAUAAGAAAGGAAAACAAGCCCCCAAAGAAGCUUCCAAACAUAAUUAAAGGACAGUGGACUCCUCAAGAAGACAGAUUGUUGGUUCAGUUGGUCGAUCAAUAUGGCAUCAAAAAAUGGUCACAAAUUGCAAAAAUGCUGGAAGGAAGAGUUGGGAAGCAGUGUAGAGAGAGAUGGCACAACCAUCUGAGGCCAGACAUUAGGAAAGACGCAUGGAGUGAAGAAGAAGACAGAAUACUAAUAGAAGCCCACAAAGAUAUCGGAAACAAAUGGGCCGAGAUUGCCCGCCGGCUGCCCGGACGGACCGAAAACACCAUAAAAAACCACUGGAACGCCACCAAACGCCGCCAGAACUCCAAAAAACUCAAAGGCAAAUUAGAUAAUUCCGACGAUUCCGCCGCUUCCACCGCCUCCAUCCUCCAAAACUACAUCAAGACCGUCACCGCCGCCGCCGUCGGAGACCGCCAACAAAUUUCCGACUCUCUCCCCCAGCUGGUCGACAGCACCCCCGCCGCCGCCGAUGGGUUCUGCUUCGGUUUCGGGUUCGGGUCCGGGUCCGGAUCCGGGUCGGAGAGCAACAUGGAUUUGGAGAUGGAGAGCUUGAAUCUGAUGCAGAGCGAUCAGAUGAAAUCGGAGAUGGAUCUGCUGGACCUAAUCUGCCAGGGAAAUCUUUGAUUAAAUAAAUAUACAUUUUAAUUUUAUAUAUCAAAGAAUAAUUAGGCCUAAAACAAAUGGGAUUAGGAAACUUUAUUUUUAGGAUUUAAUUUUCGAUGAAAGUUUCGAGCUUAAUUUCUAAAAAUGGUUUCGCAUUCGCAGGAUGAUUAUCAUAAUAUAUGAUGUUUAA